AUGUCUAAUUGGGAUACCGUUUCUAUUGUCAGUAUAGCUUUAGUCAAUAAAGCACUCGGAGACAAUGCUCAACAAUUGAUAUCAGAUUUUGAAUUUGAAGGAGCAGAUGAUCAAUUUUCCGCAAAAUUCCAGUGCACUGGCACGUUCGGUGCGUGGAGCCUUGAUGAAGGCUCAGCUGGAGAUUUAUUAAGAUUAAAAUUACCGAUUACUCAAGGAACCAUAUCUGCAAGCAAUGAUACAAUCGACCUGAGUGGAACAACAGCCAUAAUGGAAGUGUCAUUCGAUUUUUUGCCGGACUCCCCUACCACAUCCAAUUUUGUCUUUUCUCUUAAGAAUAAUUCGAAGCUUGGAGAUCCUCCACAACCAGGUUAUGUUACACCCAUUGAUUUGGUUGGACCUAUACCUAUUCUUGAAAAGCUUGGUAUUGUUGGAAAAGCUGCUGUGUUGAAUGGAAUAGCGGUCAUGAUAUGCUCAAAAGCAUCAGAAAUCAGUUACAUCUUUGCCCGAUUAAACUUAGUUUCUCCCGAUGCGCAAUUUUGGUUAGCACCGAUAC